AUGGAGAUGGAAUGAUACAUGGCAUUCAUAUCAAAGAUGGAAAAGCAACUUAUGUUUCACGCUUUGUCCAGACAUCGCGUCUCAAGCAAGAGGAGUAUUUUGGACGUCCCAAAUUUAUGAAGCUUGGGGACUUCAAGGGUUUAUUUGGACUUUUUACAGUCUAUAUGAAUAUAUUUCGUUCAAAACUGAAAAUUAUUGAUCUUUCAUAUGGACGUGGGACAGGAAAUACGGCUCUCAUUUACCAUCAAGGAAGACUUAUGGCCCUCAAUGAAGGAGACAAACCCUAUGUAAUUAAGGUUCUUGCCGAUGGAGAUCUACAAACACUUGGGUUAUUGGACUAUGACAAGAGACUGCAGCACUCAUUCACAGCUCACCCCAAAGUUGAUCCCGUCACAGGGGAGAUGUUUACGUUUGGGUAUUCCCAAACACCACCCUAUUGUACGUAUCGGGUCAUUACCAAGGAAGGUCUGAUGCUUGAUCCAGUCCCCAUAACAAUACCCGAACCAAUCAUGAUGCACGACUUUGCCAUCACCGAGAACUAUGCUAUCUUCAUGGAUUUGCCUAUGUACUUCCGACCAAAGGAAAUGGUGAAAGGAAAAUAUCUUUACGCAUUUGAUAAGACAAAGAAGGCCCACUUUGGUAUACUUCCUCGGUAUGCAAAGGAUGAGUGUGAAAUCAGAUGGUUUGAGCUUCCAAAUUGCUACAUAUUCCAUAAUGCCAAUGCAUGGGAGGAUGGCAGUGAAGUUGUGCUGAUCACAUGUCGCAUUGAGAACCCAGAUCUGGAACUAGCAUCUGGAUCUGUAAAAGGAAAGGUGGACAGCUUCAUGAUCGAACUUUAUGAGAUGAGAUUCAAUAUGAAAACUGGAGAAGCUACACAGAAAAAACUGUCUGCAUCUACUGUGGACUUUCCACGGAUCAAUGAAAACUACACUGGCAGAAAACAAAGAUAUGUUUAUGGGACUGUAUUUGAUAACCUGAAGGUGGUAGGCAUCAUAAAGUUUGAUCUUCAUGCUGAACCUGAUAGUGGGAAGACAAAGCUUGAGAUCGGAGGGAACGUCCAGGGUAUCUUUGAUUUGGGACCUGGACGAUAUGGUUCAGAGGCGAUAUUCGUGCCAAGGGAACCUGGCAGCACCUUAGAGGAGGAUGAUGGCUACUUAAUCUUAUUUGUGCAUGAUGAAAGCACAGGAAAAUCAGAAGUCGAUGUGAUUGAUGCAAAAACAAUGUCUCCGGAGCCUGUCGCUGUCAUUGAACUCCCCAAGAGAGUUCCAUAUGGCUUCCAUGCCUUCUUCGUCUCAGAGGAGCAACUUCAACAGCAAGCACAACUGUGAUGGAUAAUAAUAUUGAACUUCUUAUUAGGGGUAAAACCUUACAAAAAAAUGUUAUGAUCAAAUCAUGAUUAUGACAGGACUUUGCUUUCCAUCUUCUAGUAAUGUUAACAGUAAAUUAUAAAACGUCUCUCUAUGUAUGUGUGCAUGUCUAUGCCGUUCAUU